UAUUGUUUUGAUCUGUUAUUUGGACUGAUCUGCAGAGGAUUUAGAUUGGGCUGACAACUUUUUGCGCCAGGAAUUUACACUACUGUGUUUUAAAAUUUACCGGCUGCAAGUCAAGAAUUAACACGUCAUAUGUCCCAGGCGUUUGGAACACAAAGGCCGGAAGUCCUGUGGAACGCACAGAGCUGAAGUGUAGUUGAACGCAAAGGCCGGAAGUCCUGUGGAACACAUAGCCAGGAUUUCUAGUGGAACGCAUAAGCCGGAAGUCUUAUGAAACGCACACAGGCCAGAAGUCAUGUGGACGGCAUAGCCCGGAAGUCUAGUGGAACGCACAGCCCGGAAGUCUAGUGGAACGCACAUCCCGGAAGUCUAAUGAAACGCACAGUCCGGAAGUCUAGACGAACGCACAGACCGGAAGUUGGGUGUGUAACGUCUUUUGGGUGCGAACAAGCAGAGCUGUGGGUUUAUACAGUAGUGAGGAAGGCAUCCGCUGAACAUGAAACACACAGCAGCCGUCCCUGUGAGUCAGGAGGACGGAGCAGGACCCAGAGCCCCAUCACGGUGCCUCCACCUCACUCACUGAUACAUGUGAGGCACAAUGACCAGAAGAUUCUGGAACUCACCAACAAGAUCAUUCAGCAGCUGACUGGAGAGGAGGGGGAGUAUAUAGAGGAACACAGGGGUCUGUACAAGGACGUGAUGAUGGAGAAUCACCGGCCCCUCACAUCACUGGAUGGGCCCAGUGACAGAGAUACCCCAGAGAGAUGUCCCCGUCCUCUGUAUUCCCAGGAUUGUACAGAGGGGAAUCACAGGAUCCCACAGGAGGAUCAGGUUGAAUAUGUGACUAAUAUCAAGGUAGAAGUUGUAGAGGGAGAAGAAGAGACGUAUGUGACUAAUAUCAAGGUAGAAGUUGUAGAGGGAGAAGAAGAGACGUAUGUGACUGAUUUGAAGACAGAAGAUAUAGAGGGAGAAGAAGAGACGUAUGUGACUGAUAAGAAGGCAGAAGAUACAGAGGAAGAAGAAGAGACGUAUGUGACUGAUAUGAAGGCAGAAGAUACAGAGGAAGAAGAAGAGACGUAUGUGACUGAUAUGAAGGCAGAAGAUACAGAGGGAGAAGAAGAGACGUAUGUGACUGAUAUGAAGGCAGAAGAUAUAGAGGGAGAAGAAGAGACGUAUGUGACUGAUAUGAAGGCAGAAGAUAUAGAGGGAGAAGAAGAGACGUAUGUGACUGAUAUGAAGGCAGAAGAUAUAGAGGGAGAAGAAGAGACGUAUGUGACUGAUAUGAAGGCAGAAGAUAUAGAGGGAGAAGAAGAGACGUAUGUGACUGAUAUGAAGGCAGAAGAUAUAGAGGGAGAAGAAGAGACGUAUGUGACUGAUAUGAAGGCAGAAGAUAUAGAGGGAGAAGAAGAGACGUAUGUGACUGAUAUGAAGGCAGAAGAUACAGAGGGAGAAGAGACGUAUGUGACUGAUAUGAAGGCAGAAGAUAUAGAGGAAGAAGAAGAGACGUAUGUGACUGAUAUGAAGGCAGAAGAUACAGAGGAAGAAGAAGAGACGUAUGUGACUGAUAUGAAGGCAGAAGAUAUAGAGGAAGAAGAAGAGACGUAUGUGACUGAUAUGAAGGCAGAAGAUACAGAUGGAGAAGAAGAGACGUAUGUGAGGGGUGAUCAGCAGUGUAAGGAGGGGGAAAUCCCUACAGAUAUUAGCACAGAUGGACGCAAAAGCAAGAAUAACUCCUCGGAAGAUCUUUUGUUGUCUCCACAUUUUAAAACAGAAGAUAUAAACAUUAUACCAGAGCCUCAAGGGGAAAAUCCUAUUACCCUAAAUAUACACCCAGUACUUCACGGUGCAGAUAUAUCAUCCAUUCCCUCUAAUCAUGAGGAAUGUUCUCCUGGUAUUGUUACACAUAGUACAGCUCUUACAGUUGAUACACUCCUUCCAUGCUGUGAGUGUAGUAAAAGUUCUAUACAACAGGCAAUCUGUGCUAGACAUCAGGGAACUCACAAAGGUGAGAAACAAUUUCCAUGUCCUGAGUGUGGGAAAUGUUUUACAAAAAAAUCAUUACUUAUAAGACAUUCAAGAAAGCACACAGGAGAAAAACCGUUUACAUGCUCUGAGUGUGGGAAAUGUUUUACACAGAAAUCAGGUCUUGUUACACAUCAAAGACAUCACACAGGUGAAAAACUAAUUCCAUGCCCUGAGUGUGGGAAAUGUUUUACACACAUAUCUGUACUUGUUACACAUCAGAGAAUUCACACAGGUGAGAAACCAUUUAUGUGUUCUGAAUGUGGAAAAUGGUUUACACAAGAAUCUGGUCUUGUUAUACAUCAGAGAAGUCACUCAGGUGUAAAAUCAUUUCCCUGUUCUGAGUGCGAAAAAAGUUUUAUACGCAAAUCAAAUCUUGUUAUACAUCAGAGAUGUCACACAGGUGAGAGACCAUUUCCAUGCUCUGAGUGUGGGAAAUGUUUUACACAGCAAUCAGGUCUUAUUAAACAUCAAUUGACUCACACAGGUGAAAAACCAUUUCCAUGCUCUGAGUGUGGGAAAUGUUUUACACAAAAAUCUGUUCUUUUCACGCAUCAGAGAACCCACACAGGUGAGAAAUUAUUUCAGUGCUCCGAGUGUGAUAAAUGUUUCUCACAUAAAUUGAGUCUUCUUAAUCAUCAGAGAAGUCACACGGGCGAGAAACCAUUUCCAUGUUCUGAGUGUGGGAAAUGUUUCAAGCUAGAAGCAACUCUUAUUAGACAUAAACUAAAUCACACAGGUGAGAAGCUAUUUCUGUGCACUGAGUGUGAAAAAUGUUUUACCUAUGAAUGGGGUCUAAUUAGACAUCGGAGAAUUCACACAGGUGAGAAACCAUUUCCUUGUUCUGUGUGCGGGAAAUGUUUUAGGCGUAAAUCAGCUCUUGUUACACACCAAAGAAUUCACACAGCUGAAAGAACUAUUCCCAUGAGGGGGAAAAAGACGAACGCCCAUAACCUGGUGGGCUACUUCAAAAACCCUGCUCCAUCCUCCACCCGGAGAGCAACCUCACCCCCACCUACUCCAGCAAUAUCUGACAAAGACUCAGACGAUGACUCUUCCUCCACUCCCGCCACAAAGGCUGAUGUCGCCCUCCUCCUAUCCGAGAUGCGCAAUAUUAAAAAAUCAAUACGUGCAGAAGUACAAGAGGCUAUCUCGGGUCUAAAAUCGGACGUGGAUAGCCUGGGCACCAGAGUAGAUGCCAUCGAAAGAAAACAGGAAGAGCUUAUCGCCUUCCAACAAGAAUCAGAACAGGAGAUAUCUCAAAUACGCACGGAUGUUAUGCUCCUAGCGGACAAACAAGAAGAUUUGGACAACAGGGGGCGCCGGAACAAUCUUAGAAUUCGUAACGUCCCCGAGACGAUAGAACAAAACCACCUCACGGACUAUCUGCUCCGCCUCUUCCGUUCUCUUGCUCCCUCCGUUCCAGACGAUAUGCUUCUUCUGGACAGGGCUCACAGGGCUCUACGUCCUAGAUCCCAAGAGGCUAAAACUCCAAGAGACGUAAUACUCCGCUUUCAUUAUUUCGCGGUCAAAGACCAAGUCUACGCCAAAACUAGGAGGAUGACGACGAUCCCGUUCGAAGGCUCCGAUCUCUUGAUCUUCCAAGACCUGUCACCGGUCACGCUGAACAGACGGAGGGAAUUAAAAGACAUAACCAAAGCCCUAAGAGAUCAUAAUAUCCGAUACAGAUGGGGCUUCCCCUUUGCACUACAAGUCAGAGCAGAUGGCAAAUUCCUCUCCGCUAGAUCUCCAGAUGAGGCCCUUCAGCUACUACACCAACUGAACAUCUCCGGCCCUCCGGCCACCCCUCAUCACUCUCACCCAGUCAACACCUCCCCGUCUCUCACAGCUCCAGCCUCAGAAUGGACCACCACCCAGGCUCCCUUUUUCCACUCCUUAAAUAGCCUCUUAGCCCUACACAGACGCGGCAAUGUGGUACUAGGGGGGGAUUUUAAUGUGACUCUAGACAGCGCUCUGGACAGAUCUAAACCUCUGCCCAGAUCCAUGCGCCCCUCACACACGCGCAAUGCAACUGCUUUGAACCUCCUGCUGUCACGGCACCUUCUUUUCGAUGCAUGGAGAGUAAAAGACCCGACUGCCAAAGACUACACUUACUAUUCCCCCAUAUACGAUGUUUACACGAGAUUAGACAUGAUUUUCCUGAGUUCGGAGCCUGCACAAAAUAUCAUUGACACCUCCAUUCACCCCAACACGUGGUCAGAUCACGGUCCGGUCACCGUAGAUGUCGCAGGCCCACACCCACCCGCUCGCCACCCUGUAUGGAGAUUGAACGAUAGACUCCUUCUUAAUCCCCAAACGAAAGCUCACAUAGCCGCCGAAAUCUCCCACUACUUUGAGACAAACACAUCCCCGUCUGUCCCCCCUAUGUUACUCUGGGACGCUCACAAAGCGGUCAUACGCGGAUGCAUGAUCAGUGCCUCCUCGUAUAACAAGAAGGCCAGAUCCAAACGCAUCCGGGAACUCACGGACAUGCUUGGCUCCCUCUCACUGAAGCACAAAAAAACAGGGUCCGAAACGGACCUCUCCGCUUUAUCUGCGGUCAGAGGCGAGUUAAACAUGCUCCUGACGACGAAGGUGGAGACCAGCUUGAAGUGGCUCAACCAAUCCUUUUACGAAAAAGGGGAUAAAGCUGAUCGGUUGCUAGCCUCCAGGCUCCGGGCUAAACUCACAAGGAAUAACGUUAUGUCUAUCCAGCAUCCCUCUGGUGUGAAGACUAGGGACCCCAAACGCAUCACUGAAACUUUCUCUCACUUCUACGAGAAACUAUACAACGCCCAUAAGACCACUCAGACGAAACCAGACUUUAUUGGGGCUAUUCGUACCUUCCUAUCCCAAUGCCAUCUCCCUCGAUUAAGCCCUUCGGUCUCAGCCGAAUUGAAUUCGGAGAUAUCCGAAGAGGAAAUUGCCACUGUUGUCAAAUCCCUAAAGCUUAGCAAAGCUCCUGGCCCAGACGGCUUUACGGCCGCAUAUUACAAGACCUUUCUCCCCCAACUUACACCUCACCUCUCAGCCCUUUUCAAUGCUGUCUUGCAGGGAGCUUCUUUCUCCAAAACGGCACUGGAGGCCAAGAUAAUAGUCAUCCCUAAGGAGGAAACGAGUGUGCGCAAGGCUGUUAAAAGAACUCUUCCUAUUAUACCAGAAACUGAGGAGGAAGAGAGUUUUCUUCUGGAUACGGAAGAAGGUGAGUUAAUUGAACCUAACCUAGACGCCGAUUUUCCUGAAGAAGACUCGGCGAUCUCUGAUCUGGAUUCCUUGAUUGACGCGGUUAAGGACAUCCUAAGCUUUAAGGAAGAGGAAGCUCUGCCAUUUGGACUGGCUACAGCACCUUGCAUCUUUACCAAGGUCAUAGCCGUUAUGGCUGCUCAUCUCCUUCGCCAGCGGGUGCGCAUUCUUCCAUACUUAGACGACUUGCUACUUCUGGCGAACUACCAGGAAGUCCUCCUCAGUCAUCUCCAACUGACGGUAACCUUUCUACAAGCCCACGGUUGGCUGAUAAAUUGGACAAACUCCUCCAUGGUUCCUUCUCUGGUGCUGGACAGAGUUCUGAAACUGCAGAACAAGAUAUCUGACAUUUCCCAGGACAUUAUAGCUAUGAGAACUAAAAAAUCUGAGGUCCUGUUGGAGAUGGGAGGUGAUUAUAUGAUGGAGCGUCAGUUUAAAUUACAGGCAGAUCCAUCUGUUCAUAAUAAAGAAUAUAUCCCUUGUGAAAAAGAAAAUCUUCUACAUCCUGACAUUAAGGAGGAAUCAGUCUCAUGUGAUGGAGGAGAUCUCAAACACACUGACAUGUAUACACCCACAGGUCAUACACAGUAUACAGCCGCUCAUAUUAAGGAAGAACCAGUCUCAUGUGAUGGAGGAGACCUCAAACACACUGACAUUUAUACACCCACAGGUCAUACACAGUAUACAUCUACUCGUAUUAAGGAAGAACCAGUCUCAUGUGAUGGAGGAGACCUCACACACACUGACAUUUAUACACCCACAGGUCAUACACAGUAUACAUCUACUCAUAUUAAGGAGGAAGCAGCAUCGUGUGAUGGAGGAGACCUCACACACAUGGACAUGUAUACGACCACAGGUCAUACACAGUAUAUAUCUACUCAUGCUGAGGAGGAACUAGGGUCUUCUUCCAAAGGUGAAACAUGUUUUAAGAACAGGUCCAGUUAUCUUCGACACCAGAGGAAAAAAAAUCUAAAUACCAAUCGAGACAAAUCUUGGACCUGCCCUGAAUGUGGAAAAUGUCUUUCUAGUAAGGCAUCGCUUAAUAAGCAUCAAAGAACUCAUACAGGCGAGAAGCCAUUUCCAUGCUCUGAGUGUGACAAAUGUUUCACAUUGAAUGCAAAUCUUGUAAGACACCAGAGAACUCACACAGGUGAGAAGCCAUUCCCAUGUUCUGAGUGUGGGAAAUGUUUUGCACAGAAAUCAGAUGUUGUUGCACACCAGAGAAGUCACACAGGUGAGAGGCCAUUUCCGUGUUCUGAGUGUGGGAAGUGUUUUAGAGGUAAAACAAAUCUUGCUAUGCAUCAGAUAAGUCACACGGGUAAGAGGCCGUUUCCAUGUUCUGAGUGUGAAAAACGUUUUAUAUGUAAAUCAAAUCUUGUUGUGCAUCAGAUAAGUCACACAGGUGAGAGACCAUUUACAUGCUCUGAGUGUGAAAAAUGUUUUUCAAGGAAAUCAGAGCUUGUUCUGCAUGAGAGAAGUCACACAGGUGAGAAACCAUUUUCUUGUUCUGAGUGUGGGAAGCGUUUUAGAUGUAAAUCACAUCUUGUUAGACAUCAGAGAGGUCACACAGGUGAGAGGCCGUUUCCAUGUUCUGAUUGUGGGAAGUAUUUUGCACAGAAAACACUUCUUGCCCUUCAUCAAAGAAGUCAUACAGGUGAGAAACCAUUUCCAUGUUCUGAGUGUGGGAAGCGGUUUACAUGUAAAUCACAUCUAGUUAGACAUCAUAGAGGUCACACAGGUGAGAGGCCAUUUAGAUGUUCUGAAUGUGGGAAAUGUUUCUCACAGAAAUCACAGCUCCGUACACAUCAGAGUAGUCACACAGAAAAGAAACCGUUUCCAUGUUCUGAGUGUGGGAAAUGUUUUUACACUACCUCAAGUCUGAAAAGUAAUGUGAAGAUCCAUAUAGGAGAGAAAUUAUUUUCCUGCUCUGAGUGUGGGAAAUGUUUUAUGCGCAAAUCUGAGCUUGUUACUCAUCAGAGAAGUCACACAGGAGAGAAACCAUUUCCUUGUUCUGAGUGUGGGAAAUGUUUUAACCGUAGCUCACAUCUGAAAACACAUCAGAAGAUCCACACAGGAGAGAGGCCAUUUUCCUGCUCUGAGUGUGGGAAAUGUUUUAGGCACAAAUCCGAUCUUCUUAUACAUGAGAGAACUCACUCAGGUGAGAAACCAUUUCCAUGUUCUGAGUGUGGGAAAUGUUUUACGCAGAAAUCAAAUCUUGUUAAACAUCAGAGAAGUCACACAGGUGAGAGGCCGUUUCCAUGUUCUGAGUGUGGGAAAUGUUUUAACCGUAGCUCUCAUCUGAAAACACAUCAGAAAAUCCAUACAGCGAGAAAGCCAUGAUCUAACUCUAAAGUAGGACAAAUUUCAGUCCUAAGUCAAAUCAGAAAGUACAUAAACAAGUUACGCAGGAGAAAAAAUGGGAUGCAGUCAAUUUACCUCCAAUCAAAAUCCCGACAGUCGAAAUCCCGACCGCAAUUGACCGACGGUCAAAAUCCCGACAUGGACAAAAUACCGACAUGUAAAAUGGCGACAGGUCAAAAUGCCGACAUGAGUAUUUCAUGUUUGUUUCAUUGAUACCGACUUGUUCAUACUUUACCAUCCCAGUGGACCUCGCCGAAGCAUGGCGAGCCAUGCGAGGGGACGCGGUACGCUUAUAUGGUGUCCAUGUCGACCUAUGUUGACAUACACAAAAAAAAUUAAAACCGCAUGUCGGUAUUUUUGACCUGUCGACAUUUUACAUAUUAGUAUUUUGACCUUGUCUUUAUUUUAAAUGUCGGUAUUUUGUCCAUGUCGGGAUUUUGACCUUGUUGGGAUUUUGACCGUCGGUCAAUUGCUGUCGGGAUUUCGACCGGCGGUAUUUCAUAGCGAUCCCAAAAAGCUAUAAUAUUGUUCUGAAUGUUGUAAAUGAUUUUCCUUUAUCUCAGAAGAAUUUUGGAAAAUCUGUACAGGAGAGAGCUCUACUACCAGCGGGCGUCUUUCUCUAUCAAAAUUGCUUCUUAGUCGAUGUGCGAUGGGACUAGGAGGCACAGGAGACUGUGCUAAUUUGAUAUGUGAUACUUGUAUAUCUGUGUGCGACUGAGUCUGUAUAUGAAGCACAUUGCAGCACUUUGUAGGCAGAUUCAGAGACUCUGUCGCACACAGAUAUACAUUACAAUUAUCACAUCAAAUUAAUGUGCACAGUCUCCUGGUGCCUCCUAUUCGUAUCGCGUUACAACUUUCCAUUUCCAAGUAAAAGACGCCUGGCGCUAGCAGAGUCUCCUGGGACCUGGCGCACGGAGAGUGGCUGUUACAGGAACAAGGACACAUCUGUAUUAUGUGUAGGUUCCUUUAGGGACCCGGCUGUGCAGAGUAGCCCCUCUGUAGUAUAGGGAGGAAUUAUUUCCACAGUGGAAUCUCAGGGGAUGUUUAUAGUAUAAAGUGUAUUGUUACAGCGGUUUCUUGCUGUGUCCAACUGUCUGCAAACGUGAGAGCCCCAGAACAGUUACCGGUAUGGCGCCAUUAUGUGUAUUUUUAUUUUCAUGUAAAUAGUAAUAAAAUAUACAGUGUGCGAAUAAACAGUUUGUGCAUUUGUAAUAAUUACAUACUCGGGUGAUAAAUCAAAUUCUGCAGAAUGUGGGAAAGGUUUUACUUAUAGUUCAUCUCAUCUUAGUGAUCAGAAAUAGCCCAUAUUCAUGUUCCUAGUGGGGAAUGUCCUGUGGGCAGAAAGUAACCUAUAGAUGUAUGAGAGACCCCAGAGGUAGCGGGCGUGUUCCUUACUAUAGAGACAACCCAUAUUCAUGUUCCUAGUGGAGAAUCUCCUGUGUGCAGAAAGUAACCUAUGGAUGUAUGAGAGACCCCACAGGUAGCGGGCGUGUUCCUUACUAUAGAGAAAACCCAUAUUCAUGUUCCUAGUGGGGAAUGUCCUGUGGGCAGAAAGUAACCUAUGGAUGUAUGAGACACCUCACAGGUAGCGGGUGUGUUCCUUACUAUAGAGAGAACUCAUAUUCAUGUUCCUAGUGGGGAAUGUCCUGUGGGCAGAAAGUAACCUAUGGAUGUAUGAGAGACCCCACAGGUAGCGGGCGUGUUCCUUACUAUAGAGACAACCCAUAUUCAUGUUCCUAGUGGAGAAUGUCCUUUGGGCAGAAAGUAACCUAUGGAUGUAUGAGACACCCCACAGGUAGCGGGCGUGUUCCUUACUAUAGAGAAAACCCAUAUUCAUGUUCCUAGUGGGGAAUGUCCUGUGGGCAGAAAGUAACCUAUGGAUGUAUGAGACACCUCACAGGUAGCGGGUGUGUUCCUUACUAUAGAGAGAACCCAUAUUCAUGUUCCUAGUGGGGAAUGUCCUGUGGGCAGAAACUAAACUAUGGAUGUAUGAGAGACCCCACAGGUAGCGGGCGUGUUCCAUACUAUAGAGACAACCCAUAUUCAUGUUCCUAGUGGAGAAUGUCCUGUGGGCAGAAAGUAACCUAUGGAUGUAUGAGACACCCCACAGGUAGCGGGUGUGUUCCUUACUAUAGAGAUACCCCAUAUUCAUGUUCCUAGUGGGGAAUGUCCUGUGGGCAGAAAGUAACCUAUGGAUGUAUGAGAGACCCCACAGGUAGCGGGCAUGUUCCUUACUAUAGAGAUACCCCAUAUUCAUGUUCCUAGUGGGGAAUGUCCUGUGGGCAGAAACUAAACUAUGGAUGUAUGAGAGACCCCACAGGUAGCGGGCGUGUUCCUUACUAUAGAGACAACCCAUAUUCAUGUUCCUAGAGGGGAAUGUCCUGUGGGCAGAAAGUAACCUAUGGAUGUAUGAGAGACCCCACAGGUAGCAGGCGUGUUCCUUACUAUAGAGACAACCCAUAUCCAUGUUACUAGUGGGGAAUGUCCUGUGGGCAGAAAGUAAGCUAUGGAUGUAUGGGAGACCCCACAGGUAGCGGGCGUGUUCCUUACUACAGAGAGUACCCAUAUUCAUGUUCCUAGAGGGGAAUGUCCUGUGGGCAGAAAGUAACCUAUGGAUGUAUGAGAGACCCCACAGGUAGCGGGCAUGUUCCUUACUAUAGAGAUACCCCAUAUUCAUGUUCCUAGUGGGGAAUGUCCUGUGGGCAGAAAGUAACCUAUGGAUGUAUGAGAGACCCCACAGGUAGCGGGCAUGUUCCUUACUAUAGAGAUACCCCAUAUUCAUGUUCCUAGUGGGGAAUGUCCUGUGGGCAGAAAGUAAGCUAUGGAUGUAUGAGAGACCCCACAGGUAGCGGGCGUGUUCCUUACUACAGAGAGUACCCAUAUUCAUGUUCCUAGAGGGGAAUGUCCUGUGGGCAGAAAGUAACCUAUGGAUGUAUGAGAGACCCCACAGGUAGCAGGCGUGUUCCUUACUAUAGAGACAACCCAUAUCCAUGUUACUAGUGGGGAAUGUCCUGUGGGCAGAAAGUAAGCUAUGGAUGUAUGGGAGACCCCACAGGUAGCGGGCGUGUUCCUUACUACAGAGAGUACCCAUAUUCAUGUUCCUAGAGGGGAAUGUCCUGUGGGCAGAAAGUAACCUAUGGAUGUAUGAGAGACCCCACAGGUAGCGGGCGUGUUCCUUACUAUAGAGACAACCCAUAUCCAUGUUACUAGUGGGGAAUGUCCUGUGGGCAGAAAGUAAUCUAUGGAUGUAUGGGAGACCCCACAGGUAGCGGGCGUGUUCCUUACUACAGAGAGUACCCAUAUUCAUGUUCCUAGUGGGGAAUGUCCUGUGGGCAGAAAGUAACCUAUGGAUGUAUGAGAGACCCCACAGGUAGCGGGCAUGUUCCUUACUAUAGAGACAACCCAUAUUCAUGUUCCUAGUGGAGAAUGUCCUGUGGGCAGAAAGUAACCUAUGGAUGUAUGAGACACCCCACAGGUAGCGGGCGUGUUCCUUACUAUAGAGAUAACCCAUAUUCAUGUUCCUAGUGGGGAAUGUCCUGUGGGUAGAAAGUAACAUACAGAUGGAGCCUCCCUCAAUGUUGUAGUUUCUCCGCCUAAACUGAGUAUUUGUCGCUCCUUAGCUAUCGCUCAGGUUGUUCAAUUGUAGCGCGGAAAGGUGUGACAACACACAGCAUGCAAUACACCUCUUCACCACUGGGUGGCUAAUGCUCCACUAAUCCAGUACUGUAGAGAGAAUAGCGGAGGAAGGAUAUACAGUACAGUAGUAAUCGUACUGUAAUAGUUUACUCUUUGCAAGACCUGACAAAUGGCCAGUGACAACUAAUGUUAUACACACAGACCAAUGGUCAGACGGAAAGAGUCAAUCUGGAACUUGAAAUGUAUAGCGUUCUGUAAAUAAAGGGAUGCUGUAGAAAAUAUUCUCUGUCAGGCCGAAUAAAUCAAUCAAUAAAUACCUGUGUAUAAAUAA